AUGCUCGAGGCAACGCACGGGAUGGGCGCGGCUAUUCGAGCUCUGCCUGGAAAGCUUUUGGACGACCCGGUUCCUGUCCGCCUGGUGCCAGACGUGAUCACAAAGGAGCAGGGAGAGGCUGUGCACUCAUUCGUCUUGCCGAUGAUGCCCAGCUUUGGUCUCAGUCCAGCCGACGCGGUGCUCGAGAUGCUCAGGGAGAGGAUGCCCUUCGGACUUCCUCUUCUGCAGCUGGGCAUGAAGCCGCAACAUUGCAAAAACGCGAGCCUUCUGGCAAUCAAGGCAGUCCUCAGUGCUCCGAGAAUGUUCGAGAACGCUGCUGUGAAGGCCGUGCGUGCUUGGGCAUCCAAUCUACUACGUGUACCGGAGGACCACGUGGAGGCGCUUCAGCUGGUCCGGUACCAGAAGGGCGAACAGUACAGCACUCAUGUAGAUUGGGGUCGCCGACAGGAUGCCUCGCUAUGGCUGGGUGGUCAACGCACAGCGACUGCUCUGAUCUACCUCAACAGCUUGCCAGAUGACUGCGGUGGCGAGACCUCUUUCGAAAGGCUGGGAGUCACGGUGCAGCCGAGAGCUGGUGCUGCCCUGGUCUGGCCAAACGUAGAUGAACGUGGCCAGCCACAAGACUUGGUCGAACAUCGGGCCCUGUGCCUUGGCAAUGGGAGGUGCACAUCUUGUUGCUCAUGGCGGUCCUGUAAACUCCAGAGCGUUCUGUCAGCAGUUUUGCUUGAUGAAUCAUUCACCACAACAUAUUUCGUUGCGUCAGCAAAGGCCGGUUCUCUGUGA